UAUUAUUCUAUAUAUCUUAAUCAAUUAUCUUUAAACAUGGCCAACUAAUAAUCUCUUCAACAUUCAGCCCCAAAAAAAACCUCGUUUUCCACAAGAGACAAUGAAUGAAAGAACACUAAUUCCAACGUUUGUGUUCUGGGCUUUCCUUACAAUAAUCACACCAACACUUAUUCUCUUGUCUGAGAAAUCAAAAGCAGACCUUCAUUUAAAAGGAAAUAUAACUGAGACAAUGAAGAUAAGAAGAAUGAACGGACACACACAGAAUAACAUCAUAACACCAACACCACCGCGGCCGCCACCACCAGACAAGUUGGUGGUUCAAGAGGAGGAACUUGCCCCAGCACCAGCUGCAUCAUAUCAUAAUCAUAAUCAUAGUGCUCUCAUAAGGAGCAGUGGCAAUGUCACUGAUGAAGAUACUUCCAAAGUACAAGUACUUGAUUUUAGUGGAACAAACAAGACUAAAAUCAAAUUGUAAUUCAAUUAUUCAAUUAUCUGAUUACAAGUUACAAGAGCAUGAGCAUGACUAUAACUUUAUAAAAAAAUUAUUUGUCUGUA